AUGCGAUUGUUGCUCGUGUUUGCUCUGGCCGCCUUCCUUGCGCCUGGAUUGUUUGUCACCGCACAAACCUCAGUUCCCGGACGCCAUGAGCUUAACAACCUUCGAGAAAGAGAGGCCACUCCGAGCACGACAACUGCCAGUGAAACCUUCAGUGACACAGCAUCACCAAGCGUGACAGAAUCGGCGAUAACACACAGCAAUUCCACGGCGUCUUCGAAUGCAACCCUCCCAGCAUCCACAACUACAGCGUCCCUGAAUACCCCCGAUGCCCUUCCUAUCCAGCCCACAGUUACACCUGCUCUGGGAAUCGGAGGUUUCAUUCUCAUCGUCGCAGGCGCUGUCCUCGCAGUGAUAGGCAUUCGGAAUCUGAGGGUACAAGUCUUCCUAUCCACAGCUUUUCUGACUAGCCUUGGGGUGACGGGGGCGUAUCUUGUUGCUGUAUUUUUCACCGGCAUUACAUUCGGCGCGCUUGCGAUUGUUUUUAAAGAGUUGACCGAAGGCCUUGGAUGCCUACUUGGGGGCUUUUGCAGUAGCAUGUGGCUGCUUUCUUUGAAACCGGGGGGUCUUCUCACCACCACUGAUUCCAAGAGUGGGUUCAUUGGCGCAAUCUCAGUUGCCUUCUAUGCCUUGUCAUUCAGCCAUCAUACACGUCCUUACGGACUGAUCGUGUCAACGGGUAUUUCUGGAGGCACCGCUGUUGCGCUUGGAAUUGAUUGUUUUAGUCGGGCAGGGUUGAAAGAGUUUUGGCUCUACAUAUGGGUUAUCAUUGCUAUCUUGGGCGUAGUCUCACAACUGAGGCUAUGGAAAGUGGUUCGUGAACGUCGACGGAAGGAGAAAGAGAAGCGCGACGAAGAGCAGAAGAAGAAGGAACAAGCCGAGGCCGAACUUGGACGAAAGCUGGAAGAGGAUAAUAUGCAAGAGCGGAAAGAGUGGGAAGCGAGAUAUGGUGGUGCUGAGCCAGCCGCGGGCGUUUCGGAACUCGCAGAUGGCGCAAAAUGCCAGGCAGACGAGAUGGAUGCUAUGGAGAAGGGAGACGCCUAUGAAUUGAAAAGCAUAGCCGAGACAUCCGAAGGCUCCUACCGCUGUUCCGAUUGCAGAGAAAGAGAGGCAAACAGCGAUGCUGGGUCAGAUGUGACGGGAGCGACUGAAGGCGACUUCGACCAUGGACCAGCUGGAACGGCCAAAGAAAUAUCAGAUAAGUUGAAGGAGGAAAGUGGCCCACUUCCGAUCAAGGUCUUUGACGGCGCAGCUGCAGCCAAGAUAAAGGACGAUAAAAGUUCUGAUAUGACGGCCGUCAUUGGUUCAGAUACUGCAACGAUACGCUCAAAGCGACUUUCCGGACCAUCGUGCAUGCCACGGACUUCUCGAAACGACGAAUUGCCCAUUUCUCAGUCUCAAGAGGCCCUGGUGUCCGUUGACGAUGGUACUUCAUCCGUGCAUGGCACCGUAGACGAAGGCGGCAACCUAGACUCAGAUUGCCCUACUGUUCACGAUGAUAGCGGUGGAGUUACGGAGAAAGUUCCAGAGUCGGACGAGAAGCGUUACAUCGACGAUAACGAACAGCAGCAGGCAGAAUCUAAGUACCAGCCCCAAGGCAGACGGUCAUCAAUAGAUAAGAAGUCUCGUGUGAGAAGCACUCAGAAAGAAAGCGAGGAACCGCCCACGGCAGCCAUCGAAGAAAAACUUGGGAAUUAUGAGACCAAAGGGGGCCUCGACGCAAAAUCGCAUACCGCAGCUUCGGAGAUGUCAUUGACAAUGGUCAACCGACAGAGUAAUGGAAGUUCUGGACAUGACUCUGACAUGGUCCAAGGCGAAGAAAAACUUGAAGGACCCUCAUCAACCCAGGGUGAAUGUCUAGGCGAGUCAGCUGUUGAGGAAGGAAGACAACAGGGAGAUGCCACCAGAGACACAGAGACUGCAGCAACUGACUUGGAAGAUCACGAUCGCGAUAAAUCCCACUCGGGAGGUCAUGAGAAGACUGACAUCACCGAUAGUCAAGAUCAGAAACCUCAUGCAGAGAAUCCAUUGCCGCCGUCGUCUCAGAGCGGGAAUGGAAACAAGAGGGUAGCCUCCCAUGACAAACGCAAAUCUCCAGAGCCACAACCCAGAAUUGAGCCGGAGCCGAUCAAACAUGAACCUCCCAAGUUGAGCGAAGAUACUGUAAGGGAACUGCCUAAGCGGACAUCUAAAGUGGUACAAUCCUAUCGAACAAAUGAGUGGGCAAAACACCUGGCCGACGCUGAAGCUCCUGAGUUGGAACCUAUCAAGCCGAUCGAAGAAGAGCAACCAGAGUAUUCUCCUGAUGCGGAGGAGGCUGCAGUACCCGUCAACGUCGAAGAACUACUGCAAACACCGUUCAAUGCACAGCCUCCUCCAGCAGUAGAGCCCCGUGUCCAAGAUAUUCCAAGCAGACGUGAGAGUCGACGUGUCUCCAGCGGUUCUCAUAUGGACCAGAUCAAGAAGAAGACGCCCCACUCUCCUCCUCAAAGUGCACAGCCGCACUUCAGCAAUGAUGGAUAUCAUAUGAAUCCGCUGCUCGGGAGUCCUGCGGUUCUAGAAUCACCCCAGGACGAAACAGAGGCUGCUAAACCCCAGUGGAGAGGUCCCCCGCCCCUGAUAGCUGUACGAGAGGACAUGAUGCGAAACAGGCUAUCUUCAUUUUCACUAAGCAUGGAUCCGUACUCACGAACUAGUCCCGGGCAAUCGCCAGUCGAAAAUUUGCAGCGAUCGUUUUCAUACCGAGUCCAUGACGGGGCAGAUGACAUGCCGCUGUCCCAACGUCGCGCAAUGUUAUCCCAGCAAACAGUCAUGAGCCCACCUCCAGCGCAUACUCCCUAUUCAACUUCAAGGCGGAACCAUGCAAGCGGGCCUUCCCCGACCAAUACACCAGCCGCGAUGGCAGCAUGGCGGGAAUCUGUUCAAGAGGACCUUAGAGAUAGGCGUAACCCUCUCGGCAAACAAAGCAGCUCCAUGGUCCCUACAGGUCCCCAGGACCGGAACCCGCCAGCUUAUACUCCGUCGCAACAGCGACCCUCUUCAAAUCAUAUUGGGAAUGCAAUUGCCGAGGGCAUGCAACGAGGGGACAUGAGCGACCUGCAUCGCGAAGCCAUGCGACGGAUGCAAGCCAAGGCAAACAAAACCGUAAAAGGGGCGUGA